GCGCCGGCCUUCGCGCAUGCGCGCCCGCCCGAGCUGACCCUCGCGGCGCAUGCGCGCAGUGGCGGCGGGAGCGGGGCGGCAGCAUGUCGGAGGCGCUGCGGGCUUUCCGGCUGCGCGGGUGCGGCAGCCCGCAGAAGUUCGGCGUGGCGGCCGGGAGCCUGCGCGGGCUGCUGCGGAAGGGCUGCCGGCUGCUGCAGGUGCGGGCCGGGGGCUGCGGCGCGGGGCCGCGGGCUCGCCCGUCCGCCCGUCUCACCCGCCCGGGGGGCAGGUUCCCUUGCCAGGCAGCCGCCUCUGCCUCUACGAGGACGGGACGGAGCUGACCGAGAGCUACUUCCGCGCCCUGCCGCCGCAGACGGAGCUGGUGCUGCUGGGCCCCGGAGAGACCUGGCGGGGCUGUGCCAGCGACAUCGGGCGGUUCCUGGCUGCCUUCUGCGACCAGGGAGACGCCGUGGUGGAGGCUGCUCGGAAGCUGCUCUCGGACGAGCGGGCCCCGCGGAGGCAGAAGCUGCUGGCGGAUCUCAUCCACAACCUGCACGGAAACAUCCCGGCCGAGGACAAGAAGGACGACGAGAAAUGGUUUGAAGGUGUAGAGUCUCGUUUUAAGAACAAGUCAAGCUACAUGCGAUACAGUUGUGAAAGCAGAAUACGAAGCUACAUGAAAGAGGUUAGUAGUUUUAUUUCAAACGUUCAUCCUACGGCAAGAGAUGCAUAUAAAGGGAUAAUCGACCUGAUGUCCGACAAACUGAGAUCUGUGAAAUACAACGGCUGCUACUUUGACAGAAGAGAGGAGGCGGCAGCCCGCCUGUGCACUGCGGAGGGCUGGUUCUCUUGCCAGGGACCUUUCGACAGAGAUGAGUGCCCAUGCAAGCAUUCUAUCAACCCCUACAGUAACAGGGAAAGCAGAAUCCUCUUCAGUACCUGGAAUCUCGAUCACAUAAUAGAGAAGAAACGUGCCGUUGUCCCAGAACUGGCAGAAGCUGUCAAAACACGAGAUGGAAGAGAAGUGAACUGGGAAUACUUCUAUCAGCUGCUGUUUACUGUGGAUAAUUUAAAGCUCGUACAUAUUGCUUGCCAUAAGAAAACCAAUCAUAAUCUCAGCUGCGACAAAGCUAAAAUUUACAGAAAAAGGAAGCAAAACCACAAGAUUUCAUAGUGCUGUCUCUGGAAGUGACUUCUGCUCUUUUCAAAAUCAUGUCACGCGGUAUCAUUCUUAAAUAGCUCUGGUUUCUUACACAAAAACUUAUUCAGGAGUCCCUGGCAAAAGGGACUUGCUAAGUAAUUCAACCACAGUCUCACCACACAGCCAUUCGUAUUGUGCCUAAUUCUGCUCUCCCGCUUUCUCUCUCACUGCACGCCUGCCUUCGAUCACGCUGUGUAAGUGCACUUAAUACAGCCGAGUCAGCGUACGGCAAUGGGGCCAGAGGCCGAUGCCGGCCCCACGAUCUCUUGCCACGACAAACAUAGGCCCACAGCUCAGAAGUGAAACUUGGGCAAAACCUUUCUUAAAAACUGACCUGAGAAGACCUGUGGAUUCCCUUUUCUCUGACUGUUAAGCCAAACAAAGGAUACCUGAGAAGAAUGAGUUUGCUCUGUGCCUUUUCCAGGCAGACAACUGCGGUAUUUCAGGUACGCCAAAGGGCAAGCAGUGAGAGAGCUGCCAGCUCUUCAUACCAAAAGACCUGAACUCAUCCACGGCUGCUCUGUUUGCUGAGGUUUUAGACGUGUGUCUCCUAGAAGGAAGAGCAAGGCUGUGGCAAAUCUUUGCUCUUCCCACCUCUGUUCUUUGUCAUCUUUGCCAGAGAUUUCCCUCCCCUUUCAAACAAUUUCUGCCUUUCCAGCUUGUGUUUGCUUCAGGCAAGACAAGCAACGUUACUGUAUGAUAAUCAUGUUUACCUGCUGCUUUAGAGAUUAUUGCUUUUGUAGAACACUUCCUACCUCAGGUAACAAAUACAAAUAAGAUCAAUUCUUACUUGAUUUUUUUUAAGUAUCAGCUGAUAGCAACUGAACUUUCAGGGACUGUCAGUGUAAACAAUGUGAAUUUUUUCUAAAUAAAAAACCUACCACCA